AGUUUAUUAAAAAGAAACAAAAAAAAUUGAGUGGAGAUAUUGUACUUGUGGAGGAAAUAGCAUCCUGCAGUCCCCAUUUUUGUAUAUAUAUGGGCUCAGAGGUCCCCAGUUGUCAUCAAGGAGAAUAAAAGCUUUUACUGUUUCAUUCAUUAUAUUUGUAACCCCUGUAACUUUGUAUCAAGCAAUUCAAAUCUGUCAAUGGCGGAUGAGGUGGUGUUGUUGCACUACUGGGCCAGCCCUUAUGGGAUGAGGGUGAGAAUCGCUCUGGCUGAGAAGGGCAUUCAGUACGAGUCCAGGGAAGAGGACUACUUGACCAACAAGAGCUCACUCUUGCUGCAGAUGAACCCGGUUCACAAGAAGAUCCCGGUUCUCAUUCACAAUGGCAAACCGGUCUCCGAGUCUCUCAUUGCGGUUCAGUACAUCGACGAGGUUUGGAAGGAUAAGGCUCCUCUUUUGCCGUCUGAUCCUUACCUUAGAGCCCAGGCCAUGUUCUGGGCUGACUUCGUUGACAAGAAGGUAUAUGAUAGUGCAAAGAGGACAUGGAGAACCAAAGGAGAAGAACAAGAAGCAGCAAAGAGGGAAUUCCUUGAGUGCAUAAGGUUGUUAGAAGAAGAGCUUGGAGACAAGCCUUACUUUGGGGGUGAGAAUCUCGGAUUCGUGGACGUGGCACUUAUUCCUACCUAUAGCUGGUUUUAUGUGCGCGAGAAAUUUGGAAACUUCAGUGUGGAGGCAAAGCACCCAAAGUUUAUUGCAUGGGCAAAGAGGUGCAUGCAGAAGGAGAGUGUGUCCAAGUCUCUUCCUGACCAGGAAAGGGUCUACGAAUUCGCCCUGCGCCUUCGGAGUAAACUUGGAUUGGAGUAGAUGGGAAAAAGCAUGGGCAUAAAUAAGAUAUCAUCCAUGUACUUGUUCUGUGUUUUUAAAGUUUCAACCUCUCUGUUUAGGGUUGCUUUGAAAUUAGAAUAAAAGGGCAGUUGGCCAAGUUGCCAAGCCCCCUCUACUUUGUGGAGGCACUUCGUUGUGUCUCUGGUCAUAUGUGUAAAGAAUAAAAGAGAUGGAAUAAUCGUUAUGUUAUUGA